UGCUUGUGGAACAGGUAUACACACUAAAUCAUUUUUUUGGCAAAUCAUCUACAAACGAUGAUCAAGUCAAAGCAUGCAUAGAAGAUGAAUCUCCAAAUCUCUGAGGAGAAGAAGAAGACUCGGAGGAACGAGACGAACUUCUAUUGAUGCGGAAGAGACCUUCAAGUGUUGCGCAGUACAGCACUACAGCCCAGCGCAUCCCCUCCCCUUGCGGCACGCUUUAAAACGACGGUUUCUCCAUCAGAAACAAAAGGGACGGACUCGCCUGCCUCCACCGUUGUCCUGCAACGGAAAACGUACGACAAGCUGCGCUCCUGGGAUUGAGAGGCUGAAUUCUCUUCCUGAAUCACACCGUCUCUCGAACCCCAAAGGUUAGAUGGGAUCAGAAGGACCUCCUGCUGUGACUAUACAUGUUACUGGAUUUAAGAAGUUUUACGGGGUUGCUGAGAACCCUACAGAAAAAAUUAUGAGCAAUCUUCAAUCUUUCAUGGAAAAGAGAGGGUUGCCAAACAACCUUAUACUUGGAAGCUGCACAGUUCUUGAAGCUGCAGGGGAGGGGGCGCUUGGCACAUUAUAUAAAGUUCUAGAAUCUGCUAUUGCAGACAUAGAGAAAGGGUCAUCAGUCCAGGGCCAAGUAAUUUGGAUGAAAAGUUGUGUUCUGCGCUGUUUUCUGUGUUUGUAUUCACUCAGUCAGGAGGUCCACUUUGGGCUCAGCAGUGGUUUAACAAGAUUUGCCCUUGAAAAUCAAGCUGUUAAUGAAGCCACCUUCGCUUGUCCGGAUGAGCUAGGAUGGAAACCUCAGAGGAUCCCUAUUGUGCCAUCUGAUGGAAGCAUCUCACGGACGAGAAAGACUACCCUUCCAGUGAAUGAAUUAGGCAAGACUCUCCGAAAGAUAGGACAUGAUGUGAUGCGUUCAGACGAUGCUGAUAAAUUUGUAUGCAACUAUGUGUACUACCACUCUCUUCGGUUCGCAGAGCAACACGGUAUCAAAUCUAUGUUUGUGCAUGUGCCCCUCUUCUCAACAAUCGAUGAGGAGGUUCAGAUGCACUUUGUUGCUUCCCUUCUUGAAGUUCUUGCUUGCAUGAACUAGGAACAACGAUUUAUUUAAAAGGUGGGUCUACCUAGUCCUGUAGUCUAUUCUCCUACUGUAGGAAGUGUCUAGUGUGACCGUGUUCUGUAUGGUUGAUUUGUUGCUUGUAGUUCGGCAGUUGAAUCUCAAAUAUGUAAAGCUGCAAGCAGACUGAACAAAAUGGUGUGGUCAUUAGUGAUGUUGAUCUUGCUCCAAAGGGUGUGUUUAAGGAAAAAGGGCUGCUCAGAGUGAAUCUUCUAUGUUGUCAGCUGCAGCUUGUAGGCUAUCACAUGUUCUAAACAUAUGCGAAAAGUGAAAACUUGGUUUCUACAAAAUUGGCAAAAAAUUUUGGAACGGAUGCACUACUUGCGACGCAAUCAUUGAU